AUGAAUGGGAAUCGAAGAAAAAACGUUAACCUUUCUCAUGGCGGAGGGAAACAGAUUCCAGGAUGUUUGAGUCGGAUGGUAAAUCUAUUCGAUUUCGGAACAGUUGGUACUGGAAAGAAAUUGCUCACUGAGAAACCUCAUUUCGAUGAUGGGUCUAUAAAAAGGAAUCAAUUUGAUCAAAGAGAUGAUAAAGCAGAUGUGAGGAGUGAGGUCAAUGGAACACCGAUGAAGAAGCUUCUACAAGAGGAAAUGUCGAAAGAGAUUGAAUUUAAGCUCGCUUCGACGAAUCUGGUUGCCAAGCUGAUGGGUCUUGACUCUUUUCCUCAGACACAGCCUAAUGCAAUUGCUCAAAGGAGUAGUAACAGCUCCAAAACUCGGCUAAAAAGAUCGUUAAGUCACGGUGAAUAUAACAAUGUGUAUGAGAUUUGGGAGAAACCUGAGGAAUUAAGCAACAAGAAGAAGAUGGACAUCGUCCGAGAGAAGUUCUUGGAGGCGAAACGUUUGGUUACAGACGACAAGCUUCGACAUUCCAAGGAGUUUCAAGGAGCUAUGGAGGUUUUGAGUUCCAACAAGGAGCUGUUCCUCGAGUUCUUGCAGGAAUCCAAUAACUUCUUCUCUCAUCAUCUCCAUAGCUUCCAUUCCAAUGCACCACCACAGACGACACAAGAGAAGUCGAAGCGGAUCACUAUCUUGAAGCCUUCAAAGACCAAUGAAGCAGCCGUUGAGUCUUCUAGGGAAAAGGGUCUUCCUUUGUUCAAAUGGCCGGUUGAAGAAGAGUAUCAUCAUCCGGCGAAGAAAUCAACUCGGAUCGUUGUUCUGAAACCUAACGUCAAUGCCACAAAGGCUUCAUCUUGUCCAACUUCUCCAAGAGAGUCAAAAGAUGUUGUGGCAAGGAGAGUGAAGAGACAGAUGUUAAAAGAAGAGACUUUACAUUCUUCUUCUGUCUUCUCCAACGGCUAUAUCGUUGAUGAUAGCUCUCUUAACGAUUACGCAGACUCUGAGAUCAUGUCGCCGGUUUCAAGGCAUUCGUGGGAUUACAUCAAUAAGUACGAUAGCCCUUUUUCUUCUUCGCCGUUUAGCAGAGCUUCAGAUUCUCCAGAGUCUUCAUCAGUCUGUAGAGAGGCCAAGAAACGGCUUUCUGAAAGAUGGGCAUUGAUGGCAGCGUCCAGUGAGGAUUUGCAGGAGGCUAAAGUCAUAGAGAAGAAAGGCUCUAAUAGUACUCUAGGUGAUAUGCUUGCACUCUCAGAUUAUCUUAGAACUGAAGAAGUAGAAGAAGAAGUAAACGAUGGUACUGAACAACAAGAUCCGAGAGUGUCUGCUUCUUGCUUAGCUGGUGCUUUCAGUAGAGAGGAAGGCAAUUCGAAGCCUUUUAAUAGCCUUACGAGGUCAAAGUCUCUUCCUGAAUCAUUGACGAAUCUUGAUACAAACAAGGGUAAGUCCAAAGCUUCUGAGGAGCUGACAAAGUCAAAGAGCUUGAAGUGGUCUCUCAAAGGUAAAGUCUCAAACUUUCUUUUCUCAAGGAGCAAGAAACCAAGCAAGGAGAGAUCUUUUGAGGAAUCUCAAGUGGGUAAUAGCGAAAUCUUGGAUGAGUUUGAUGCAUCGGUGUCUACAAGAAGCACCAUUUCUCGAGAGGGAGGCUUAUCAAUUGCAAAGCCAACAACUUUCGGAAACUCUAGCGAGUGGCACGAUGAGCCGAGUCCGAUUUCUGUCUUGGAAACAUCUUUUGAUGAAGAUGAUGGAAUCUUUUUCAGUUCCUCUAUCUUGAAUAGAUCAUCCUCUUCUCUUGAGCCGGAGAUGAUGUCCAUGAGAUCAAACUUGUUAGGCAAAUCGCCUCCGAUAGGCUCCAUUGGACGAAACUUUACAUUCGAAGACUCAACAGCAGCAGUAGCUCGGUGCUGCUCAUCAAAACGCUCCACUACUUCAACAAGAGACGAAGAAGAAGACUUGCGUCUACUCAUCAACACUCUCUUAUCAGCAGCUGAUCUCGACGAAGAGUCUUUGUCGUCGUCGUCAUCAUCUUCUUGGUCGGUCUUAGACAAUCUUUUGUCUAAAUGGCAUUCCUCAGAGAGUCCUUUAGACCCUACUCUGAGAAACAGCUAUGCAGAAGACUCAACGGAACAGCAAAGACUCGGAUCGAAGCUAGUGUUCGACCUCGUUAACGCGUUGCUCUUGGAGCUAACACCGAGCUAUCUCGGACCACCUCGUAGUAGUUUGAUGAUGCUCUCUGGCAAGACAUUGGAGGUUUAUUUGGUAAACCGGAUGCAAGAAUGUUUGACGGGUAACGGAAGAGUGGAAGAUCGGUGGUGGGAUGAAGACGGAGACUUGAGCAGUUUGGCGGUGAAUAAAGUGGUGAGGGUUGAAGUGGCGGAGAUUGGUUCGCCGGAGAGUUUGAGGUUGGAGAUGGAUUCAAUGGGAGAGGAAAUAGAGUUGAAGUUGCUGGAAGAGUUAGUGGAAGAGACUUUGAUGGAUUUGUCAGAAGAGUCCAGAUUAUUUAUUUCGAGUAUUUGUUAA